ACCCUGGCAUAUAACUGUUGCCGCCUUCAAAGGCAUGCGUAUUCUAAAGUUUCUACCAGGACAUUGUUCAUUAUAUCAAGUCGACGCGAACUUCCGAAAUGAGCGACACUCCACCAUUCCUGAGACUACCUGGAGAAAUACGAAACAUCAUCUACAUAUACUCGUUCAACAUUGAGUUCCAUUCGCGCACAUCCGUCCACGAGCAGCUCAAAUUUACGCGCAGACCGAAGGGACUCAGCAAUCUGUUCAGAGUGAACAAACAAAUACAUCAAGAAGCUACUACCCUCUUCUACAAAGAUUUCUUUCCCAAAUUUCAGCUCGAAAAUCUGGUUACAUACAUGGACAUUUAUCGCUUCGUGCACAAGGUCCCCGUGCCAUAUCGUGGGCUCUUCAUGGGCCACAUAACCAGGGUUUCGAUCGAUGGGCAACGCAUCCUUGAUCAGGUGGGAUUGCACAGUAAAUUACCGUGGGUCUGUACCAACGAUGUUGCGAACGGGGACUCCCGCACAACGGUAAAGCAACUACGCGGUGACUGCUUUCUUUGCACACGGUUCACUUCGUUCAGCAGUACAUAUGGGUCGAAUUACGAUUACGACCGCAUCACUCUUACUGGACACCUUGGCCGCAUUCAAUGGACGAAGACUUCCCCACCCAAGAUACAUUUCAAGGCGCCUCAGCGAAUCGAUUGGAAAAUUGAUCAGCAGAAAUGAUUUGCUGUUAUACAGCUUGGGUGGGCCUGAAAUCUCUGAACAUCAUGGCGUUUGCAUAUCAGGGUAUGAUCCCAAGGGUUUACAACGAUGCAUCACAAUACUUAGUGGC